UUGAAGGCAGUGUAGGCAAAAAAAAAAAAAAAGACUUUAACAUCGUUCUGGACUGAGAUUUCAGAGAAGGAAACCCAUUCUCUCUCUAUCUCUUCCACCAAACCCCCCAUCAAGAUUUUGACCUACAAAUAGAAAAGAAAAGUGGGGAUAUACCAUAUACCAAACUAUUUCUCUCUCUCUCAUAUUUAUUUUACUACUUUUUUAUGGUUUUAGCGCUUCUUUGAUCAAUCAUCAAACAUCUUCUGAAAAAAUAUUUAUUUUCUUACAUAUAUUUUUAUUUUCAUUGGCUUUGAUGUUUCCUAUAUAAAAAAGUGUUUUACUUUUUAUUUUUCUGCGUUGGGUCUACGUUUUUGAAGAAAUUCAGGUCAAAAAAACCCCAACUUUCUGUUUCUUCAAGUGCCGUGAAGUAUUGGGUUCACCUUCCUUUUUUCUCCUAAACAGACUUGUAUUUGUAUUUUAUAAACUUUUGGGUUUUUUGUGUACUUCCACAAAAACCCAGAAAAAGGGAAAAAAAAAAAAAAUUUACUUAAAAAUUUUGUGGGAAAAUCUAAAGCUUUUGGCAGCAUGAUUUGCUCAGUGAAGCAGUUUGCUACAACAGCAACAGCCAAUGGGUCCGAUAUAUUCUUUCGGCAAAAAUCUCGGGCCCCAACACAGCGAUCUUCGCUGUUGCCAUCUCUGCCGGUGCAAAAAAACCAAGGAUCGGCCAUCUCGGUGAAAAAAGCUUUACAUGUCUCUAUGAUCGACAAUUUUGGGCCUCUGAAGGCUCGGAGGAACACGAUCAAAUGCGAAGCUUACGAGGCGGACCGAUCGAAGCCGAUCGAGUCCAGCAUCGAGCUGCCGAAGCCCGACACUCGAUCGGAGACAGCGAAGAAGGUCAAGAUCGGUGUGUACUUCGCUAUGUGGUGGGCUUUGAAUGUGGUGUUCAAUAUUUACAACAAAAAAGUUCUGAAUGCGUACCCUUUUCCUUGGUUGACCUCGACUCUGUCUCUCGCUUGUGGGUCUUUGAUCAUGUUGAUCUCUUGGGCUACGAGGAUCGCCGAGGCACCUAAGACUGAUUUUGAGUUUUGGAAAGCUCUGUUUCCGGUUGCUGUUGCACAUACAAUUGGGCAUGUUGCAGCCACGGUCAGUAUGUCCAAGGUUGCAGUGUCUUUCACUCAUAUAAUCAAGAGUGGUGAGCCUGCUUUUAGCGUUUUGGUUUCCAGAUUUCUACUGGGUGAGUCCUUCCCUGUGCCCGUGUACCUGUCACUCAUUCCGAUCAUCGGUGGUUGCUCCCUUGCUGCCCUGACCGAGCUCAACUUCAACAUGAUUGGUUUUAUGGGUGCCAUGAUAUCAAACUUGGCCUUCGUCUUCCGGAACAUAUUUUCUAAGAGGGGCAUGAAAGGGAAAUCUGUUAGUGGAAUGAACUACUAUGCAUGUCUAUCAAUUUUGUCUCUCUUAAUCCUCACACCCUUUGCAAUUGCGGUUGAGGGACCACAGCUGUGGGUGGCUGGAUGGGAAAAGGCCAUCUCUCAAAUUGGACCCCAGUUAAUAUGGUGGGUAGCAGCCCAAAGUGUGUUCUAUCAUCUCUACAACCAGGUCUCAUACAUGUCGCUGGAUGAGAUCUCUCCUUUGACAUUUAGCAUCGGCAACACCAUGAAACGUAUAUCUGUCAUAGUCUCCUCCAUCAUCAUCUUCCAUACACCCGUCCAACCCGUCAAUGCUCUUGGAGCUGCCAUUGCAAUUUUUGGAACCUUCCUGUAUUCCCAGGCAAAGCAGUAAGAGAAAGCUUGGGAAGGAGGAGUUUAUAUUCAUCAUGUAACGUAAAAACGACGGAAGAGGGAUUGCAUCGAGAGCUUCUUUGAGCCUGAAGCAGUGGUAGAGUUUUCUUUCAGGGUCCAUAAUAUUUACUGGGAAUUUUUGGUCGGGUAAAGCCAAAAGUGUGUACUUGUAGAUAACAAUAAUGAGCAGAACAACAUUACUGUUAUACGAGCAAGUAGGCAGGUUUUUUUUUUUUUUUCUGCUUUUCUUCUUUUUUUUUUUUUUUUUUGGUUGGUUGUUGAGAGUUGGUGAGAAAAAUGUUUCAAUAAGCCAAGGAUUAUGUCCCAGACAAAGAAAUAUUUUGGAGAAGCAUAAAUAAACUAAUGGGUCUUAAUUUAUUCGCA